CUGUUGUUUUGCUGUUUUGUGUGUGUAGAAGUUAAGUGAAUUGGUCAUCCUUAUCUUAAGGUCAGCCAAUAAAUUGAUAAACAAAGAAUAAAAAACAACAAAAUCAUUUGAUAUCGCAAAAUUCGAUUUCGAAUGUUUUUUGUGUUUCCAUCAAAAUAUUGUAUGAAAAUUCUUUCGAUCAUAGAUCAUUCGUUGAUUUAGUUUUCGUUGUUUUAAUUUUAAUUUUCCCCUCGGGUUUUUUAAAAAAUAAUACAUAAGUAUCUCAUCAUUCUAAAUCUAAAUAAGCCAAGCUAAGAAGCUUAGACGAAUAUCCGGUCGUUUGUAUAUCCAGCAAGAGUUCAUUGCGGUUCAAAUCUACUACACCUAUUUAGAAACAGCGAGAGGCUCAUUAAUUCGUUUCUUUUUAUUCAUGAAGCGACAUCAAAAACGAACCAUAAUUGGCAUCCACCACGGUAUAUAGAGAAAAAAAGAUAUUAGACAAGAGUUUUACGGAACUCAAGACACGCAAAACGUUCGCGGUGUGGUUCAGUGGAAAAUAAAAACUAUAAGAGUUUGGUGGCGGUGCGCGGUGGCGUUGCACAUCAUUAUCACAUAAAUAAGGCUCGCUAAACGUUCUCCUUUUAUGCAAGUUCUGGAAAAUUGUUCUUAAAACAACAAAAGCAUGUAUAAAAUCGAUGAUGAAUUUCGUCCCGGAGGAGGGCGAGUUUUUAUGAGGGCCACUCAAGAGCAUGCUGAUCAACGAAGUUCGAGUGCUGAAGGACGAAAAUCAAACCUUCGCAAAGGAUCAGCCAUAACAACGAACAUUGACGAUAGGAAUAUCCGUUUCAAACAUGAAGUCAAACACGAGAAGACAAUUGAAACUGUCAUUCGUGAUUAUCCUGACGUAGGUGCUGUCAAUGGAACGAGACGAAAUGGAUCAGCCAUCAAUUAUCCACCUGCUUCGUCAAGUUCAUCAAUUGAUCGAACAUUGGUUUUAACGAAGAAUUUCAAUAAUGGAGCCGAUCGUUAUCCCGGUGACAUACCGAAGGUUGGGAGUGACGUUAAUUCUUUUCAUUCGAUUACUAAGAAUAAACGAAUGUCAACGGAAGUACUUGGAUCAAGUAUGGAACGCACCAAAUUGUCACAACGUGCUCCAGAUGGACAUCGACGAAUAACUACACAUAUUGUGAGGAAGGUGACGACAUUAAGUCGUGCCGAGGAAAAGGAACAGGCACAGAAUUUGUUGCAUUCGUCGGGAAAAAGUGUGCGAACUACUGAAAUUGGAUACUACAACAAUGCACCACCACAAGCUAUUGAACCGAAGCGUCAAAAGAUCUCCGAUAUCGUUGUUGGAAAAGAAGAUAACGUAUCAGCUAGAGAAGCUCUUUUAAGAUGGGCGCGACGUUCAACAGCACGGUAUCCAGGCGUUCGAGUAAAUGAUUUUACUGGCUCGUGGCGUGAUGGACUGGCGUUCUCUGCCUUGGUGCAUCGAAAUCGGCCGGAUCUGCUUGACUGGCGAAAAGCAAGGACCGACCGACCAAGAGAACGUCUUGAAUCCGCAUUCAGUAUUGUCGAAAAGGAAUAUGGUGUUACACGUCUGCUUGAUCCUGAAGAUGUUGACACAAACGAACCUGAUGAAAAGUCUCUGAUCACGUACAUAUCUUCAUUGUACGAUGUAUUCCCAGAGCCACCAUCAAUUCAUCCACUUUUCGACAUGGAAUCACAGCGCCGAGUCCACGAAUAUCGUGACUUGGCUCAACAAUUCAUCUAUUGGUGCCGUGAGAAGACUGCCUACUUGCAGGAGCGUUCAUUCCCUUCGACUCUGAUCGAAAUGAAACGUUUGCUAAGCGAUCUAAAUCGUUUCCACACCGACGAGGUGGCCCCACGAAAGCGAGAAAAGACAAAACUUGUUCAAAUCUACAAAGAACUGGAGAGAUACUUCGAGAGUAUUGGAGAAAUUGAAGUUGAACCCGAAUUGAGACCGGAUUCAAUUGAAAAAGUAUGGUAUCGCUUGCAAACGGCCUUAGCCGAUCGUGAUCAUAUAUUACAGCAAGAAAUUGAACGUUUGGAGCGUCUUCAAAGACUCGGCGAUAAAGUUCAACGUGAAAUCAAACACGUUGAUAUGAAAUUAACCGAUUUGGAGACUCGAAUAAGCGAAGAAAGUCGUCGCAUUGAACGAUUACAUCCAGUCGAUGCGAAGAAUAUUGUUGAAGCCCUAGAAACAGAAAUACGACACCUAGAAGAACCAAUUCAAGAUAUGAAUCAGGAUUGUUUAGUUCUAAAGGAGGGCCGCUACCCACAAGUGGCCGAAUUGCAUAAAAAAGUCCAGAAAUUACACCAACGAUGGUCGCAGUUGCGUUCAACGUUCCAUUCCACUUUAGUUCAGAAGCUAUCUGGACUUAAGUAUCCCGUCCAUGAAACAACUGUGACGCGUCAAACGCGUAUGGUUGUUGAAUCUAGACAAAUAGACACAAAUCCCUACUUCCGAGACCUGCAAGAAUAUACUGAAUGGUGCCAAAAUAAGUUGAAACAACUCCACACUGCCGACUAUGGAUCUGAUCUAGCAUCGGUUAAAGAAGAACUUGAGCGCCAUCAACAAGACCACAAGACAAUCGAUCAAUUCCACUCAAAGAUCCUCCAAGCCGAACGUCAACAAACCAAAUUCAAUGGUGACGAACUAAAUCUAUACCAGCAACGUUUGAAUCAACUUCAAAAAUUAUAUGCCGACUUGCUGAGCACAUCAACCAAACGACUUUCAGAUUUGGACUCAUUGCAACAUUUCUUGGCUCAAGCUUCAGCUGAACUCCAAUGGCUGAAUGAGAAAGAACAAGUUGAGAUUACUCGUGAUUGGGCUGACAAGAAUCUAGAUUUACCUGCUGUCCAUCGAUACUAUGAGAAUCUGAUGUCAGAAUUAGAAAAACGUGAAUUACACUUUGGAACAAUCUUAGAUCGUGGCGAGGCAUUACUCAAUCAACAGCACCCCGCAUUGAAAUGCAUCGAAGCACAUUUGAGUGUGUUACAACAACAAUGGGCAUGGUUACUCCAAUUGACUUUGUGCUUGGAAGUCCAUCUUAAACACGCAACUGAAUAUCAUCAUUUCUUUGCCGAAAUAAAAGACGCCGAACAAUGGUUGACAAAGCGUGACGAAGUACUCAACACCACAUAUUCUCAGUCUGACUUUGGUCUAGAUCAAGGUGAGGCACUGUUGCGCGGUAUGCAAGAUUUGCGCGAGGAGUUGAAUGCCUUCGGGGAAACAGUGCAAACGCUACAAAAUCGAGCACAAACAAUUGUGCCAUUGAAUAAACGCAAACAGCCUGUGAAUAGACAAUCUCAAGUGCAGGCAAUAUGCGCCUACAAACACCAAGGUCAACAAGUUAACGUCGAUAAGGGUGAGACGUGCACUCUUAUUGACAAUUCAGGUCGUGUUAAAUGGCGCGUGAGGAAUAGCCGCAGCGUAGAGGGUUCAAUACCAAGUGCUUGUCUGCUAUUGCCACCACCCGAUCCAGAAGCCAUUGAGGCGGCUGAUCGUUUGAAGAGACUCUUCGAUCGUUCCGUUGCCUUGUGGCAGAAGAAACAUCUGCGUCUACGUCAGAAUAUGAUAUUUGCCACAAUUAAAGUAGUCAAGGGCUGGGACUUUGAUCAAUUUUUGGCAAUGGGACCAGAACAAAGAACAGCCAUACGACGGGCAUUGAAUGAUGACGCAGAUAAAUUGCUCAGCGAAGGUGAUCCAAAUGAUCCACAAUUGAGGCGAUUAAGACGUGAAAUGGAUGAAGUAAAUCGUCUAUUUGACGAAUUCGAGAAACGGGCUAGAGCUGAAGAGGAAAGCAAACAAGCCAGUCGCAUCUUCACCGAAGAAUGCAUAUCCAUCAAGGGCAAACUUGAAGAUAUGGCUCGUGAGCUAGACCACAUCCUUUCAUCUCCAUUGCCUCGCGAUUUGGAUUCACUUGAACAUGCAGUCCAAACACACGAGGACUAUCAACGUCGUCUGCGUAUUCUCGAUCCAGAACUGAAGCACUUGCAAGAGACAUUCCGAACAAUUGCCCUAAAGACACCCGCACUCAAGAAGAGUCUGGAUAAUCUGUUGGAAUUGUGGAAAGAAUUAAACACUCAAAGUAAUUUACACGGUGACCGAUUGAAACUGCUCGAAGGCUCUCUAGCUGGUCUAGAAGAUAACGAACAUGUGAUAUCGGAGCUAGAAAAUGCCCUUGCCAAGCAUCUGAACUUGCCAUCGUCAGCCGAAGGCUUACAUAUUGUCUUUAAACAAUUGACCAAUAUGCAAGAUGUCAUAUCACAACAACAACCUGCCAUGGAUAAGAUGAACGAUGCUGCUGAUCAAUUAGGACGCAUGGGUGUACCAACAAGAGUUCUAGGAGAUCUAAAGCGGUUGACAUCAAACGUUGAACGAUUAAAUACCAGGUGGAUAACAGUGUGUACCCAAUUGGCUGAAAGACUGCGAUCAUGCGAGACGGCAAUUGGCCUUUUGAAGAAUCUUCAGGCUGGCAUUCAAGUUGAAGAAACAUGGGUCGAUGGCACGACUGAAAAGCUUUCAGCAAUGCCAACGGCUGCUUCUGCACUUGAACUAGACAACCUUCUUGGUGCUGCUAUCGAACGAAAACCAAAAAUCGAAAAUGUUAAUCUAACCGGAGGACGGUUUAUUCGAGAAGCGAAGAUAUACGAUGGAAAAUGCUUGCAUUUUAUCGACUGGCUUGUUGAAGCCAGACCAUCAUUUUCGCCACCACGACGUGAUCUACGACCCACAGAUGCUGAUCCAGGAGCAACAUUAUAUUAUACGCAACAAUUGGACAAUCUAAAUAAUAAAUAUGAAAGACUGCUUGAAGCUCUAUCACAGAGAUUAAAAACUGCAAUUGAAGUUAAUGGAGCCGAUGGAUUGCGUUAUGCCGAAAGUCUGCAAAGACCUUUACGAACAUUUAGAGUGGAAUUCAAUUUGGGCGGACCAGCUGGCGAUGGUCUAACAACCCAGGAUGAAGAAUCCUUCUACACAACAUCAUACAGUGCUACAAAAUUCAGCUCAACGUCCAAAGUCACAACAACACGAAAUACAACGUCAACAAAUGUUUACGACAGCACAGACCACGUCUAUUCAACAACUAGUCAUGAGAAUAGCCCAACAAAAGCCCUUGGACAAAAUCCGAUGCAAUUUAGUGAAAUUCGCAGCCUUAAACGUGUCCAGCGCAACAAUGAAAAUGUUGGAACUGAUUCGAGACAACUUCUCGAUAUGCCCGGAAUUGUCGAACCACAUACUGGUCGAAUUCUGACAGUCGGCGAAGCAAUUCAUCUGCGAAUCCUAGAUGUACGAACUGGAGAAAUACUCCUGACAGACGGGAGUCAUGUUAGUCUGGAAGAAGCUGUACGAAGAGGCGCUAUCGACCGCAAUUUGGCUGGCAACCUACUUAAGCCCGGUGCCGUAAAGGACUAUAACGGCCGUGAUCUGUCACUAUUGGAAGUGAUACAAAGGGAGAUCCUCGAAGCCGAGAAUGGCUAUGAAAAGGCCGAAAAAAGAAUUAAGGUAACUCGAAAUGAUGCUAGUGUAGAUGAGCUUGAUGAAAGUCCGAGAAAUAUUGCCGAUGCCAUUUCUGCUGGAAGUGUCGAUGCCAAAACCGGUCUAUACCAUUCAAAAUCGGGGAAGACGAUUAGCAUCGCUGAGGCUUACGAAAGGGGCUAUCUCAUUCGUCACGAAUCAGUAACGAUAAAGUCAAAUGCGCUGUGCCUAUCGGACGCCAUAUCUCACGGCCUAGUCGAUACAAGUGGCUGGAUAUCGGAUAGGAAUUCCGGUGAUAAGUUUAGGCUUGAUUCGGCCAUUGCUAAUCAGUUGAUUGAUCCAAAUGUUCGCGAAAUAGUCGACGCAAAGAACGAUGCUAAGGUGACGCUUAACGAAGCCUUAAAGCUAGAGAUUUUGAAUGCCAAAACAGGUCGAUAUGUCAACCAAGUGACCAAGGAGAAGAUAACCUUUGCCGAGGCAAAGAAUAGACAGUUGAUAGUGAAACCAUUCACAUUGAAAGAUGUCUGUGAUUUUAAUUUACUUGACAAAGACGGACGCAUAACGAGUCCGAUGCGUAGGGAAAAGCUUAGCAUUAUGCAAGCAAUGAAUGCAGGUGUUCUUGACGAGAACAACCUUAAGUGUGUGACCAAGCAGAAGGGAGAGCUCAUCACGUUGUCCGAGGCUAUUGCCGAUGGUGUGAUACUGCCAUCGGAGUCAAGAUAUCGUGACUUCGUGACAAGUGAAGUUAUAAACAUACCGGAGGCGGUAGAACGUGGCCUUAUAAGUUCAGUUGCUCAAAAGUCAAUUUUCAAUAUUGACGGAUUUAAGGAUCCGUAUAGUGGGGAUUUUGUUAGUUUUAAUGAGGCCUUAAGCAAAGACAUAUUGCGACGUAAGAACGGUGAGUUUCUCUUAGAUUCGGGCAAAGGUAAUUUCUGUACACUUGAGAUAGGCAUUCGGGAGGGUUUAGUUCGACCAGAAGUCUAUGAAAUGUUCAAUCGGGGUGUGGGUGUUCAUGAUGCUUCAGGUAAGGAGCUGUCAGUUUUAGAUUUAGUUUAUCACGAGCUUAUCGAUCCGAAAACGGGUUAUUUGUUAGAUGCAAAGGCGGGUACUACCUUAGCGCUAGACACUGCUAUACAACGUAAAUUUAUAACACCAGAAGGGGCCUUACUUCUAAGUAGUCUUUUAAAUAUCACUCUGACCACAGAAACGGUAACCAAGACCAUCAAACGCUACGUUACCGUUAGAGCUGGCUCUCAGGAGCCAUCACAGCAAAUUCCAUUGACAUUCACUGAAGCCGUUCGACUUGGCUACAUUGACGAAGAUCGUCAGCUUUUCAAGGAUCCCGCGACUGACAAAGUCUAUUCGGUGCAACAAGCCUUGAUUUAUGGUCUGCUUGCGCCUGACAAUGACGCCGAUAUAGUUCCCGAGCAAUCGGGUCGAAAGAAAUCAAAAUCGACGAUAACAAUUGUAACAAAACAAGUUGUCCCCGAGCCGGAUCCAAUCAAUCUAAAGACCCAAGAGUUGUUCGAGAAGACAAUUGAUAUUCCAGUAGUAGAUAAUAAAAUGUACUCCAGCACCUCGUCGAAGACAGUCGUUUCGGACUUUAUCAAUGCCGAAAGGCGUGGAAUCCAACAUCAACAUUCCACUGAAAAGGAACUUCUUGAGCUACCCCUGGAUGGUUGGCUUCUGUCAGAAGCCAUUUCACAGAAACAUUUCGAUCCGGAAACAGGUCUUUUCCUUAUUCCCGGCACAGACAGGCUUGUGAGCUUCCAAGAGUGCAUAGAAAUGCAAAUAAUAAACAAAAGCUCGCUCUAUGUCAUUGAUCCGAAGAACGGAAGAAAAAUCACGCCAAAUCGUGCCUUCGAAAAGAAAGUCCUAGACGCAACCGGAAACUACAUAGACGGAAAUAAGACCAUGAACAUGAAAGCUGCGAUAGCAGCUGGUAAAAUAGUGCUGGAAUACGCAAUGAGUGUAGACCAAUCUAACCAGAGGCUGAUUAAGGUAACAAAGAAGAACGGUCAGGCCGAAUUGGUCGAAGUAUCCUCCCGUCUGGGUGGCACUGCCCCUCAAUUUGUCGAAUUGAAGACACUAAAACGCGAGGUGCUUAGUCCAGAGCCAUUGCAAAUUGCCCCAGGUGCCAUUUAUGACCCCUCGACGCUUCUUGUUAUAUUCACUCAAAAUGGCCAAACCGAAAACAUCAUAACGGCCAUAACUCAGGGACUAGUCGACGAGAACCUUGUGAAGAUAGUUGACCCCCAAACACGGGCACCGAUUUCUGUGUUCGAAGCAAUCGAGCGAAGAAUUCUGGAUCCAGCAACUGGAUCGAUUCUCGAUUCUUCGGGUCAAUUUGUUGAUCCAAUUUCAGCGGCAAGGCAGGGUCUAUUGAUCGUUUUGGGUGCACCAUUGGUAGCCUCAGAGGGAGCAUUGCAUACGGUUCGAUUUGUCGUUGACCCUCGGACUGGUGAACAAAUCCCGGUAGAAGUUGCCUACGAGCGUGGCAUAGUUUCUCGCGAUCAGUUGUCAUUCGACUCGAAAACCUCAACUCCCAGUACUAAGAGUCCACAGAGGGAGCCUUCAACACCGCUUGGCGCCCAACGCCAAGCCAGCAGAGACAAAUCCUCCUCUCCGGAGAAGGAGUCGAAAGUCGUGCUCCUGCAAAAAAUGCGAAAGAGGAUCAUCAAGCCUAAAGACGCCUUGCAGAAGGGCCUGAUCGAUGAAGUGACCUGCGAUAUUCUUGAGAAUAAGACCAACUUUACCAAUAGCGAUGGUGAGAUCGUUACGAUUUCAGAAGCUCUGGAAUUGGGACUGAUCGAUGGCAGCCAAGGAAGAAUACUUGAUCCUCAACGCGGCACAGUAAUGAAUCUAGAACAAGCAGUUCAGAGUGGAGUCCUCGAUCCAGAGGGCACAAAUCAGUUGCUAAUUCCACUCGCUGCCAGCUUGUCAGUUCCAAAACUUGAAGAACAAGGUCUCAUCGAUCAAAGUGGUGUUGGAAUCGUUCAUCCAGAAACAGGAGCUCAAUUAUCGAUGAAGGAGGCAAUUAUUUGUGAAGUUCUCGAUGCUCAAUCGAAACUAUCAAAACCAAAUGAUGUCACCGUUGAGAAGGCCAUAGAAAAGGGCCUCAUCGACGAGGACCGAUCCCUGAUUCUGACUAAAGACAAACCAAUGAAUCUCCAUGAAGCUUUAGAUGUUGAUGUUUUCGACCGAAAGGAAAACGACAAAUUCAUUGAGGACAUUCCUCCAGCGGGAAUGACAUUCCCAGUGGCUGUUAAACGUGGCUUAGUCGAUAUCAAGAACAAAGAAAUCCGUCACCCUACUACCUCUCAGGUGAUGCCGAUCAAAAAAGCCAUUGAUGACAAUUUCCUCAUGUCCAUACCUUAUCCACCACACGCAGACGCCAUUCAGAUCGAAGAAGCUAUGGAAAGAGGCUUAAUCGAUUCAGAAAAAGAAACAAUGACUCAUCCCAAGACCGGCGAAGUUAUAUCGAUCAAGGAGGCCGUUGAAAAGGGCAUCCUGAUUGUAAAGCCUAUUCCUGAAUUUGUUGUAUCGCAUUCAACCGGUCCAAUCACUUCCGUGACCGAAACUGUAACAUCUGUUCACACAGUUACCACAAAAACCAUCGAACUGAUGCAGGGUUAUGCUUUGAUCUCAAACAAUGAGGUUCAAAAUAUCUUGACAGGAGAGAUUAUGAGUGUCGAGCAGGCCAAGGAGCAAGGUAUCCUCAGAGAAGAAUCAGAAUCAAAGAAUGUCUUGGCUACAAAGCAGAUCAAGCAGAACUUCUUGGAAGCUGUCAAGCAGGGUUUGGUCGAUGUUGCCGAAGGAACCUAUUUGGACCCCAAUUCUGGAACUAAGAUCCCGCUUCAGCAGGCUAUCAGCGAAGGAAUUUUGGAAGUGGAAGCCUGUCAACCAAGUGAAGAAGUAAGCCAAACUACAGUGGAAGACUUCCAGACGAUCUACGAUGAGAAAUCACAGAAAUUCCGUGAUCCCAAGGAUCCAAGCAGAUUGGUUAGUUUGAAUGUAGCCAUGCAAGAGGGAAUAGUUGAUCCGAAGGCUCUAGUCUAUGACAUCCCAACCGGUAAGGUUCAGACUCUAGAAGAUGGAAUCAAAGCUGGUUACAUCGAUUCAGAGACUGGCGCAGUUAAACAAGAAGCAGGUCCUUCUAUCAGCAUUACUAACGCUGCGAAGAUGGGACUCUUAGCUGUUGUAGGUGCUCCCGUGUUAGCAGGAAUGGCAAUAGCCAACACCAUCAAGAAAGUUACAGAAAAAUCCACAAAGACACAACAGAAAACUGAAGUUACAACUUUCCUGCCAACCUCACCGACAAAGAAAGAAAGUCCUGAAAAGCUCAUUCAAACUGGAGCAAUCCCGAAAAAAGAUACCACAAAACCCUCAUCACCAGUAAUUGAAAAACCAUCUGAACCUCCAAAGAAACCUCAAGUUGCCGAGAGGAGGGAAACAACUCCACCAAUUCCGGCUCCUCGAGUUGAAGAGAAAAUCGAGAAAAUCAUCAAAAACGGUUCCGAAGAUAUCAAAAUCUCCAAAGCUGAAACCACGUCGUUCGUAACCGAAAGUUCAGAAACAACCUACGUUACGUCAACAACCGUUCAAAAGUCUCACAUGAAAGUAACCAACGAAACUGUUUCAAGAGUUGUCAUCGAAGAAAACUCACCAACAACAACAGAGUCGGUAACAAUUGAAGAUGUCGAAAUGCCCUUGACACCUGCUUCAGAAAAGCCUGACAAAACGAAAACUAUUAACUUAUCAGAAGAAUCAGUCUCAAUUAGUACGACAAAUGUUCCUAUUGCAUCUGUUCCAGUGUCCGAUGUUCCUUCCUCUGAUCCACAGAGAGUAACUAUUAACAUUUCGUCUGUAACACUGCCAAAUGAAAAGCCCGAUAAAGUUGUGGAUUCGCCAUUUACGAAUGGCGUUACUGAGUUUGUAGAAACUGUUCCUACUUCGUCAACGAGUAGUGUCAUAACUACAGUUACAUCCGUCCGAACAGAGAAAAUGGUAUCAGAAACCUCUCAAAGUAGUUCACUGCAAAAGGACAGCCUCCGGGAUGAACCCAUGGCCAAGCAACCAGUAAAGAAAGAAACAGAACAAAAGGUCGUCACGGUUACGAUAAAAGAAGCAUCAACACCUGAAAUUCCCAAAGAAUUUGAUUUGAACUCGGAGAAAGAAGUUCCACCACCACUUCCAAAACAAGGUCCUCCAGAGUUGCAAAAGAGCGAUGUUCCACCAAUUUCUCAAGACGCCUCACCACCGACGACGACAUCAAGAGAAGAUAUACUGCUUGGAAAAGUUCCCGAAAAACCUGUUAGCCAUACGAGCAUUGAACAAUUCUUGAUACAAGAAAAGCAAGCUGCUUUAGAAGACCCCAAGACAGCCGUCUUGACCACAACACAACCAAAACAAAUUGGUCAAGUGACCCUUGUCACGAAAACUCACAUUGUAGACCCAGUACCAUCUCCAGUUGAAAAACCAGCCUACGAUAGUACUGAUGCUGCUUUUAUCCAUCGAGCAGAACCAAUCAAACUUAGCCCUGAUUCGAAGGACGUGAGCAAACCCAGCGAUGGAAAAAUCUUGGAAGCAGUAGGUGACGCAGCAAAGACAGGUUUAAUGGCUAUGGUAGGUGCCCCUAUUUUAGCCGGUAUGGUUGUAGCUGACGCCUGUAAGAAAAUCGCUGGUAACUUAAGCGAUAAGGGCGAACCGAAGACUCCAGUUGAAGUGUCCGAAAAGGUCACUGUAAGUGUUACCGAAAUCAAGCAAGACCGCCCUGUGGUGCCCACAACUCUGCCAAUUGGUGAUGCUAUCUCACAGAAAAUUAUCUCGCCCAGCGAGUGCAGAAUCAUCGUUGAUGGCGAGCAACAGUCACAGAAUGUUCAAGAACUGCUCGACGAGGAACAGCUCAGUCCUUUGGAUGAAAUCAAGGUGCUAGAUGAGAACUUGGUGGUGCUUCAGAAGAUGAAAUAUCUGAUCGAUGUCAACGACGAACUCAGCCCUGAAAAGCUUAGCGAACUGGGCGUGUACGAUACUGAACUCGAGUACUUCGUUGAUCCGGCAACGGGACAAAAAAUCUCUUUCCAAACUCUCGUUUUUGAUAUGAACGUCUUCAAUCCGGAGACAAUUUUAGUUAAGAAUUUCAGCAAAAACGAUUAUGAGACCCUCACGGCGGCCCUUGAACGACCUCUUUUAGACAAACACACCGGUCAUAUGGUAGAUCCCAAGACAGGAAAGAAAAUUCCCUUCUUUGAGUGCAUUGCUCGCGAAUGGAUAAUCCGUGUAGAGCCAAAAGUCGAGAAGAUUGAGCCGAUCGAAAAUGUCAUUGACCCUGAAACAGGUAUGGUGUUCCUCGACGAUGGUCGACAAUGUUCCAUUGCCGAAGCCAUUAACAACGGCAGAAUUGAUAUACAGUCGAUAUCGGUACGUGAUCCGGUUAGCGGUGAAGUAAUUCCUUUGCGUAUGGCAAUUGAGUUGGGAGUUGUCGAUUUGAAGACCGGCACAGUUAUAGACAUACAAACACUUCAAGAAAUUUCCAUGGAGGAGGCAUUCAAACGUGGUUUCUUGGUGCCCGGAUCGAGGAGGCCCAUUUCGCUCGAAGCAGCAGUUCGUAAGGGUCUGUACGACCCCAAAUCUGGUAAACUCUAUGACAGUGAGUCACAAAAUCAAGUAGAUGUCCAGAAAUCCAUUGAAAUUGGUUUGGUUGAUCCGAAGAUUUCUCUGAUUGUUGACACGUUUAACAAUAAGACCUUCUCACUGGACAAUGCAAUUGAAGAUCAGUUGGUGAUCAAGGAGACUGGACAAAUAAAAGACACCAAGUCGAAUGAACUUGUUUCGUUUGACGUUGGUAUCGAGAAGAAUUUAGUCCAAACCGACGAAGUAACAUGGAGUCUUAUCGACGUCCUGCAGCGGGAAUACUAUUCUCCGAAGACCGGAAAAGUUCUAAAUCCUGCCACAGCCGAAGAAAUGACCCUUCAGAAGGCUGUCGAAAAGAAGUUCGUUGAACUCGAAUCGUGCCUCAUUAAAGACACUGACAAGGACAUUCUUGUGUCUGCAACUAUUGCAGCCAAAGAAGGUCUUCUUGAUACAUUUAAGGGCAAGAUCACAAAGCCCGAUAUGACCCUUGAUCAGGCCUUUGUCAAAGGCUAUCUGAUAAGCACUGAGAAGCCUUUGUCACUGGUUGACACUUUGUUGAGGGGUCUUUACGAUCCACAAACAGGUCUCUUCCAAAUCGAAGAGAAGCCCUUGAAUCUUGAAGAAACGAUAGCUGCUAAAUUAAUCAAUCCUAACGAAUUGGUCAUUCUCGAUCCGAAAACCAACUCAAUUAUCUCCACAGCUGAUGCAAUUCAAAUCAAGCUAGUUGAUCCAAUUGGUGGAAUGAUUGUCGAUCCAUUUUCUGGAACAAAGCAAACUUUGCUUGAAGCUCUUGAUAAUAGAAUUCUCAUCCCACAAAAGCGCAAGCGCAGUCUUCCCGAUGCUGUGUAUCGAGGACUUUACGAUCCCAAGUCCGGACAAUUUAGCAAUACGAUAACUCGCGAGAAACUCUCUACUGAAGGUGCUAUUCGUAGGGGAAUACUUGACCCAGAGUCGACUGUUGUAAGUGUAAGUGGUAGUGUUGUGCCUUUUGGCAAAGCCGUCGAGUCAGGUACUGUAGAUGGCAAGCGGGGCCAAGUUUUUGAUGCUCAGGGUAAUCUAGUUGAUUUCAAGGAAGCCUUUGAUCGGGGACUUUUGAUUGAGGUGAAGAAACCAUUGAGGCUUUUCGAAGCAGUCGUGAAGAAUGUCUAUGAUGAAUCGGACGGAAAGUUUGUAGAUCCAAAAACAGGUGAUAAGCUUUGCUUUGCUGAGGUACUCGAGGAGAAGUUCAUUGAUAACGAAAGUGUACAGAUUCGCGAUUCAAAGACGGGCGCCUACAAGCCUCUAGAUCUUGCUCAGGCCACUGUAUCGGGAGUGAUAGACGGUAAAACAGGUAGACUUACUUAUAAUAGCCAAAAGAUUACUUUGAAACACGCGUUCAGUGUGGGAAUUCUGACUGACAGCCAAGCCCCCAUUAGCGUCCAAAGGGCCAUUCAUCAGGGUCUAUUUGACGAUAGAACAGGCAAGCUCCUUGAACCCAAGACCGAGCGUAGGAUAACUUUGCUAGAAGCAAUGAGGAAGUUCAUUGUCAACCCUCAAUUGCCGUGUUAUUUCGAUGAACAGAACGAACAGAUGCUGACCUUGUCCGAGACAUGUCGAGCAGGACUCGUCGACAGGCGUGAAGGAGUCUUCCGCGAACCGGGAAGCAAUGUAUUUGUGUCUCUGGGUGAGGCCAUGAGCUUAGGUUUGUUAGUUGACAUUGAGAGUGCCGGUUUCGGUCUUUAUGAAUUGCUUGCAAUGGGUUUCUAUAGUGUUCAGUCAAGGCAGGUCAUUCAUCCAGUGACAGGUAGACAGUUAAGCCUGCGGGAAGCUUGUGUAGAAGAUAUUGUUAGUUUGUCGUCGAGUUUGGUCAAACAUCCGGGCUCAGGGAAAUACGUUCGACUUAACAACGCCAUCACGGAACAAUUGAUCGAUGAUUUAGACGGAAGUUAUAUUCUGCCAGACAAGAAAAUCGACCUUCAGGAAGCCAGGGCUCUGGGUUUGAUAGUGACAAACAGAAAACUGCUUAGCCUUGAGCUGGCAAUUCGAAUGAAAUUAUUCAAGCAAGAAACCGGGCGUUUUACCGAUCCAACCAGUGGCGAAUACUUCGACUUGGUCGGAGCCAUUCAAAACGGUCUUAUCGACCCCUCGACAACUGUUUUCAAGAACCUUGUAACAGGCGCAGACGUGCCCUUGAAUAUUGCCAUUGAAAAUGGUGACAUUGACAUCACGAAAGGACGCGUCCUUGAUCCAAAAUCAAAGACAUCUUACAACUUUGACGUAGCGUUUACACGAGGACUUUUACUGACCGUCAACAAACCCAUUACAGAACGAGCAGUAGUCAAGCGUCACGACAGCAUAGAAAUGUUAGGACACUCCCCAGUAAGUGUAGUGAUAACGAAACCACGUGAAAUGACUCUUGACGAAGCAAUGCGGUAUGGCAUUAUCGACUCUGAAACGGCAGUUAUCCGCGAUUAUCAAACAUUUAAAUUUAUCCCUCUGAAAGUUGCAAUCGAAAAUGGAACAGUUGAUGUGUUCAAGAAGACGUUAGUCGAUCCGAAGGCAUUAUUCUUUGUAUUCGAUCAAUCAUUAACUGUAUAUCAACUAGAACCAAUAUCAUUUGACCAAGCUGUCGAUAAUAAAAGUCUUGAUUUAUCUACCGGAAUGCUGACCUAUACUCCACCACCACCUACGCACAAUGCCGAUGGAGAAUCGUUGAGUUCGGCAGAAGAAAUUUCGGUGUUGACACUAAGAGAUGCCUCGAGCAGGGGAAUUAUUGAUCCCGAUUCGGCGCUUGUUAAGGACAUAGCUAAGGGCAAGUUAGUUCGCUUGCCGGAAGCCUUCCGCAAAGGUCUCAUGGAUGCCAAUAAGGCUAGUGUCUUAGAUACCAAGACCUCCAAACUGUGUCCUCUGCAACAGGCCUACGACAAUGGCCUGAUUGUAACGCCCAAACGUGCAUUUGGACUAAUCGAAGCUAUCAACUUUAACUUGUACAACCCAACAACUGGCUGUAUCGUCGAUCCCUUCCAAUCCAAUCCUGACAUUAUAAACAGAAAGAAACAAACAAUAGCCGAGGCCAUAACCAUGGGACUUAUCGAUCCUACCUCCACAGUUGUACGUGAUCCAAGCACAAGUGAGAUCGUUCCGCUGAUCGCAAGUAUAAGCAGCGGCCUCAUUGAUCCCGUUGCUGGCCGCCUUAUCGAUCGUAAUGAUCCCAAAAAUACCUACGACCUCGUUAAAGCCAAUGAAAAAGGCUAUCUUCUGCCAGCUGAACAAAGGCAAGCUGUAUUUGAAAAAUUCAAUUUGUGCGAAGAAAACGUCAAUGAGCUUCUUAAAUGGGUUGCUUCAGUGGAAACGAAAAUUGCCAAUGUCGGAGGACCUAAGGAGAAAAUCGAUGAACUACGUAAUCAAAUUAACUCUCUGAAACAAAUCAAAGACGAAAUUGAAGGUCAAGCAAGGCCAGUAUCAUCAUGUCUUGAGCAAAUUCGUCAAAUUGUACUCACCGGUGGUGAUGUACUCUCAGCUCCUGAAGUUACAACAUUGGAGAAUUCUGGCCGAGAACUUAGGUUUCGAGUUGAUCGCGCCAGCGAUCGUACACAACGUUUGUUGAAACGCUUGGAAUCCGGCCGCGAUGAAUUGCACAAACUCCGCACCGAAUUAGAUGUCUUUUCCGGUUGGUUACAAACAGCUAGAAGAACACUCGAAGACAAAGAACGAUCACUGUCUGAUUUGGCACGAUUAUCAAGUCAAUCGGAUUCUAUUCGAGAGUUUGUGAGCGAUGUAAUUGGUCAUCAAGCCGAUUUGAGAUUCAUCACCAUGGCUGCUCAGAAGUUCGUUGAUGAGAGCAAGGAGUUCUUGGUUGUAUUGAAUGAUUUCCGUACAACAUUGCCAGAAAGAUUGCCCCAUGUAAUUCCACUAUCGACUGCCGAGAGCCCGAUACGUGAAGAAGUAUCAUUUGUGUCGGCUCAAUACAAGGAUCUUAUGCAUCGCGUGAACGCCCUGUCAGAUCGCCUUUCCGGUUUAGGUGGACGUCAACGAGAAUACCAAGAUGCUUUGGAGAAGGUUAACGAAUGGUUGCGUAGUGUCCAACCACGUGCCUCACAGAUUCUCAAUGAUCCAGUUGGUGCCGAUCCGCAGACAGUACAGGAGCAGAUGAACGAAGCCAAGGCUUUGCACAAUGAAUUUAUGUCACAAGGAAGAUUAGUAGAGAACGCCCAACAAUCUUUGUCAUCGUUGUUGCGAUCACUUGGCAGUCAAUUAAGUCCAACUGAAGUUAACGCUUUAGAGAUGCCAGUUGAAGAAGUCGUAGAUAAGUACAACCAACUUCUGCAAGCUCUGGGUGAUCAUUGCAAACUUCUAGAUACUGCCUUAGUCCAAUCACAAGGUGUUCAAGAUGCUUUGGACAGUCUAGUUGGAUGGGUCAAUCAAGCUGAGGACAAAUUCAAAGUGCAAUUCCGUCCUGCGUCUCUUAUCAAAGAACGUCUGCAAGAACAAGUUCGUGAACACAGGUCGCUUCUUUCUGAUCUUCAAUCGCAUCAAAGCAGCAUUGACAGUGUAGCGUCAUCUGCCCAUCAUCUGAUGAACACUGCAUCGAAUGCCCGAAUUGCCAAGAAGGUUGAAAUGAAACUCAACGAUGUAACAGUUAAAUUUGAGAAAUUACUCGAUAAGGCCUUCAAGCGAGGAGAGUUCCUUGAUGAUACUUUGCAGCAGCUGAACAAGUUCAGUGAUGAAACCACAAACGUCGAGCAAGAAGUGGUUACUUUGCAGGAGUCUCUUGAAAGCAGAGAAUUAAGUCAGCUGGGAACUGAAGACCUAGCUCGCAGGAUGAUUGAACUUUCACGCAGGAAGGAUAAGAUCAGUCCUCUCUUUGACAACUGUGUACGCGAUGGCAAAGAACUUGUUAGUUUGCGUGACGUUACUGAUACCGGAGUAGUCAGAGACCGUGUCAAGGCUCUUGAAUCACAAUGGCGUAACUUAGAUAUCACCCUGGAAGAAAAAGCCAAGCUUUCCAAACAAAAGGCCGAACAGCAAAUUGCAUAUGAAAGCCUCAAAGACCAAGUUCUAUCAUGGUUGGCAAGUAUUGAAGCCAGGACCAACUCAUUGGCCCCAGUUGCUGUUGAUCUCGAUAUCAUUCGCCAACAAGUCGAGGAACUGAAACCAAUUGUCAAGGACUACAAAGACUAUGCAUCGACCAUCGAUAAAGUCAACGAUUUGGGUGCCCAAUACGAUGCACUCAUUCGUCCAGAAAGCCCCGGACGUAAACGUUCCGCUUACAGUCCUAUCAAACGAGUUAGUCCCCUUCGUCGAAUGUCAGGAGAUGCCAGGAGUCCAAGUCCAACAAAGGGAGGUGUUCUGUCGCCACUAUCACCUGGAUCCAGUGGAUUUGGUAGCCGCAGAUCUUCUCAGGAUGGAUUCCAGCUUUCCGAAUUGUCACCCAUUCAGCAACAACUCAGCGAAAUCAAUAAUCGUUACAGUCUUAUUGGGGUUCGUUUGAACGACCGUCAAAAUGAACUGGACAGCUUGACCGACGAAAUCAGGAAGCACAAUGAGAGUCUAAAGAAUCUAUCAUCAUUCUUGGACAGAAUUCAACGACAAGUGCCUAAGGAUUCUAUUGCAAACAAAGAGGAAGCCGAGAGAAGCACAAAACAAGCACGAAAGAUUCUCGAGGAUAUGUACGAAAAACAGAGCCUUUUGGAUUCAACCAAAGCUCAAAUCAAGGAUCUUUUGCGUCGCAAGCCUGACGUUCCUGGAGCCGAGCAAUUGCGUCAAGAACACGACAAUAUUGUCGAGAAAUGGAGGAACAUCAAUGACCUCUGUAAGAGUCGCAUCAACUUCUCCGAACAGUUGCGUGACUUCUUGGAUACACAUGACAGUUUGAAGAAUUGGCUUAACAGCAAGGAACGUAUGUUGACAGUUCUUGGGCCAAUUUCAUCCGAUCCAAGAAUGGUCCAAAGCCAAGUUCAACAAGUUCAGGUACUGCGCGAAGAAUUCCGUUCCCAACAGCCACAACUCAAUCAUCUGCAAGAAAUUGGACAUGAGGUCCUCGAUCACCUCAAGGAAUCGUCGCCUGAAGGACAAUCCGUUUCGAAGAAACUCCAUGAGGUUCAGAGUAAAUGGGAUGACCUGGUCGGACGAUUGGAUGAACGUGCAAACAGCCUCGGAGGCGCUGCAGACAGCAGCAAGGAGUUCGAUGCUGCUAUUGGUCGUUUGCGUGACGCAUUGAUCAAUAUCAGUGAUAACUUGGAUGCCCUGCCUCUUGACGGAGACUCACAGGAGAAUCUACGUAAAAUUGAAAAUCUGGAAAGACAACUUGAAGGCCAAAGACCACUUCUGGCCGAUGCCGAACAGUCAGCUGCAGCAUUGUGCAAUAUCUUGGGAGAUCCAGCUUCUCGAGCGGAUGUCAACGGACGUGUGGCUGCUUUAGAGAAACAAUAUCAAGCACUGCAAAAGAAAUUGGACACCAAAAAGGCCGAGACUGAAUCGUCACUCAGAGACGGACGUCAAUUUGCUGAAAGCUGCUCGAAAACACUCGGCUGGUUGUCAGGCGAGUUGGCCAAUCUUACAGAUAGGCUUCUGGUCUCGGCUCACAAGCCCACAUUGCAACACCAAAUUGACACCCAUGAGCCAAUCUACCGUGAGGUUAUGGCUCGUGAGCACGAAGUUAUCAUGCUUAUCAACAAGGGUAAGGAUCUAAGCAGCCGCCCUGGAGCAACACAAGACCGUGGUGUGCAACGUGAUCUGGAACGCAUUCAACAGCAAUGGGACAAGUUGCGCCGUGACGCUGUUGAUCGUCACACCCGCCUCCAAACUUGCAUGGAGCACUGCAAGAAGUAUUCGCAGAGUUCAGAAACCUUCCUUUCUUGGUUGCGUGGGGCUGAAGACAAACUAGCUGAUCUGAGACCUGGAGUCCUUAAUAAGGCGCAAUUGGAGCUCAGGCUUCGUGAGCUGCAGGCAUUCCGAAGUGAGGUCUGGAAGAAAACUGGAGAAUAUGAAAACACCAAGGGCUUGGGAGAUACCUUCCUUGCCAGUUGCGAUGUUGACAAAGACCCAAUCAAGGCCGAGUUGCAAGACAUGAAAGAACGAUGGGAGAAACUAAACAACGAUCUGCUUUCACGAGCCCAAGAAAUCGAGACAUGUUCUCGCCGUCUGGGAGAUUUCAAUGACGAGCUAAGGAAUCUUGACCACUCCGUUGGUCGCUGCGAAGACCGUUUGGCUGCCCAUGAUGCACUUGGAGGUGCCGCCAAAGAUGCCAAACUUCUCGAUCGUGUUAAGGCCAUCAAAGAAGAAGUCAGCAACCUUAAGAAGCCUUUACAAUCACUGCGUGCCUUGGCUAAGGAUAUUUCAUCUGAAGCCCGUGCCGCUGGUGGUGAUGCUGAUCACUUGGUAGAUGAAGUCGAUGGCGUCGACGAUAGAAUCUCUGAGCUUUUGUCGCGUUUGAACGAUCGUUGCGGAGAGCUCCAGUCGGCCGCUACAGCAGUUUCCCAAUUUAAUGAACAAGUCAAGAAUUUGGGUAUCGAUCUUACCGAGCUUGAGAAUGUGGUUGAGAACCUCUCGCCACCCGCACGGGAAAUCAAGGUGGUUCAAGCCCAAAUCGAUGAAGUCUCUGGACUUCAAGAUAAACUCGACCGAAUGGCAGAUCAGUUGGGAGCUGUUGAACGCUCCAGUGAGGUGUUGGUCGAUUCAGGAUUUUCCCCUGAUACAGUUCAGACAAGAGAACAAGUGGCUUCUUUGAAGAAGACUCUGGCUCGCUUGGAGAAUCGUACUCGUGAUCACGAAGACACGCUACAAGUUGCCCUCAAGGAUCUGACAAAGUUCUACGAUAUUCAGUCGGGUGUUUUGGAUGACAUCAAGGACCUCAGUGACGAAUUGAAGAGAAUGAAGCCAGUCAGUUCAGAAUUGGAGCAAAUCAGAAUCCAGCAAGAAGACUUCAGACGAUUCCGGGAUCGCACCGUGGAGCCAUUGAGUCACAAUGUGGAUGAAGUCAAUCAGUGUGGCAGGGAUCUGGUUAGAUCUGCCUCGAGUGGUGUUUCCACAAAUGCCAUUGAGAAAGACCUGGAAAAAUUGAACGAUCGUUGGAAUGAUUUGAAGGAACGCUUGAACGAACGAGACCGCCGCUUGGAUGUGGCUCUCUUACAAUCUGGCAAAUUCCAAGAAGCUCUUGAUGGACUUUCCAAAUGGUUGGGUGAUACCGAAGAAAUGGUCGCUAAUCAGAAACCACCAAGUGCCGAUUAUAAGGUAGUGAAAGCUCAGCUACAGGAACAGAAAUUCCUUAAGAAAAUGCUCUUGGAUCGUCAAAAUUCCAUGUCGUCCCUAUUCAAUCUAGGACAAGAAGUUGCAGGCAAUUGCGAUUCAUCAGAGAAGGCAGGAAUUGAACGCCAAUUGAAGGAACUCAUGAACCGUUUCGAUGCCUUGACCGAUUCUGCUCAGCAACGUGAAGAAGACUUGGAACAAGCAAUGGAAGUUGCAAAACAUUUCCAUGACAAAUUCACACCACUCAACCAGUGGCUGGAUAAUUCAGAGAGGGCAAUUAAGAACAUGGAGCUCGUUCCUACGGAUGAGGAGAAAAUUCAGCAAAGAAUUCGUGAGCACGCCCAUUUGCACGAUGAAAUCAUUGCGAAGAAACCAGACUUCUCCGAACUGGCUGACGUUGCCGGUCAACUUAUGCACUUGGUCAGUGAUGAAGAAGCCGUUGGAUUGGGUGAGAAGGUUCGCGUCAUCACUGAAAGGUACACAACUUUGGUAGAUGCCAGCGAUAAUGUUGGUCAGUUGUUGGCCGAGUCGAGACAAGGCUUAAGACAUCUUGUUCUCACCUAUCAAGACCUGGUCGCCUGGAUGGAAAAUAUGGAGAAGCAACUCCAGCGCUUCCGAGUUGUGCCUGUUCAUACUGAAAAACUGCUUGAGCAGAUGGAUCAUCUAUUGGAAUUGAACGAGAGCAUUGCAAACCAUGCUCCAAAUGUUGAAUCUACAGUUGAAGCUGGUUCGGAACUCAUGAAACAUAUUUCCAAUGAUGAAGCGCUUCAACUCAAGGACAAACUAGACUCGCUGCAGCGUCGCUACGGAGAACUUACCAACAAGGGUGGUGACCAUCUGAAGAACGCCCAAAAUGCUUUGCCACUUGUGCAGCAAUUCCAUGACUCGCACAGUCGCCUCAUUGAUUGGAUGCAGGGCGCUGAAAGUGCGCUCUCAACAAGUGAACCACGCCAAAACGACAUCUUAAGGUUGGAAGCAGAAUUGGCUGAUAUGCGCCCCGUAGUGGAUACAGUUAAUCUAGUUGGACCGCAGUUGUGUCAAAUUUCACCUGGAGAAGGAGCCGCCACAAUUGAAAGCCUUGUUACGAGGGACAAUCGUCGAUUUGACUCCAUUGUCGAGCAAAUCCAACGCAAAGCUGAACGUCUGCACCUCAGCAACCAACGAGCUAAAGAAGUCACCGGUGACAUCGAUGAACUUCUUGAAUGGUUCAGAGAUAUGGACGCCAGCCUACGAGAAGCCGAGUUACCUGCCAUGGAACCAAAACUCGUGCGCACUCAACUACAAGAGCACAGAUCGAUAAACGACGAUAUUUCCAGCCAGAAGGGACGUGUACGUGAUGUGACAGCUGGAGCAAAGAAAGUACUCCGCGAAUCGCCACAAAACGAGAACACCUCAGCUUUGCGUGAGAAGUUGGAAGAUCUGAAGGAAGUCGUCGACACUGUUGUGCAAUUGUGCGGUGAACGUCUCAGUGUCUUGGAACAGGCUCUUCCUCUAUCAGAGCAUUUUGCAGACUCACACAAUGGCUUGGCCGUGUGGCUAGAUGACAUGGAGCAGCAAAUUUCAAUGUUGAGUAUGCCCGCUUUGAGGCCUGACCAAAUCACUGCUCAACAAGACAAGAACGAACGCCUUGUUCAAUCCAUUGCCGAACACAAACCACUUUUGGACAAACUCAACAAGACCGGAGAAGCUCUGGGAGCGAUUGUUUCUGAAGAUGACGGCUCGAAAAUUAACGAAAUCCUAGAUUCGGAUAACUCCCGCUAUGCGGCCCUCCGCACUGAGCUGCGUGAACGUCAACAGGCUCUGGAAAAUGCUCUUCAAGAAUCCAGUCAGUUCUCUGACAAGCUUGAAGGUAUGCUCCGAGCAUUGGCCAACACUUGCGAACAAGUCAAUCAUCUCGAUGCAGUAUCAGCUUUGCCGCAGAAGAUUCGUGAGCAAAUCGAUGAUAACUCAGCGAUAGCAGACGAUUUGGACAAGCGUACCGAAGCAUUUGCCGCCGUCCAGCGAGCUGCAAAUGAUGUUAUUGCAAAGGCAGGAAACAAAUCCGAUCCUGCGGUGCGUGACAUCAAGAAGAAAUUGGAGAAACUCAACAGCUUGUGGAACGAUGUCCAACAAGCCACUAAGAAACGUGGCAAUUCCCUCGAAGAUGUGCUUAAGGUUGCAGAGAAGUUCUGGAAGCAGUUGAAUGCAAUUAUGAAAACCCUAAAGGACUUGGAAGAAACUCUUUCUUCCCAAGAACCAGCCGCUGCUCAACCACAAGACAUCAAGAAACAACAAGUUGCAUUGCAAGAGAUUCGCCAUGAAAUUGACCAAACCAAACCAGAAGUCGAAGAAGUCCGACGCACAGGUAACAAUUUGAUGUCCCUGUGUGGAGAACCAGACAAACCCGAAGUCAAGAAACACAUCGAAGACCUGGACAAUGCCUGGGACAACAUCACAGCUCUAUACGCCAGACGUGAAGAAAACCUGAUCGAUGCCAUGGAGAAGGCCAUGGAAUUCCAUGAAACCCUACAAAAUCUAUUGAAAUUCUUGACCAAAGCCGAAGAACGCUUUGGUGGCUUAGGAGCUAUCGGUUCCGAUAUUGAUGCCGUCAAGAAACAAAUUGAACAAUUGAAGCGUUUCAAGGACGAAGUAGAUCCGCAUAUGGUCGAAGUAGAAGCACUAAAUAGACAAGCCUCCGAAUUGACAGAAAGAACAUCUCCAGAACAAGCAGCAUCGAUCAAGGAGCCAUUGGCCACAGUGAAUCGCCGAUGGGAGAAUCUAUUGCGCGGUAUGGUUGAGCGUCAAAAGCAAUUGGAACAUGCUCUUCUACAUCUUGGACAAUUCCAACAUGCACUCAAUGAGUUGCUUGUUUGGAUUGACAAGACAGACAAAACUCUAGAUCAGCUUAAACCAAUUCCUGGUGAUCCACAAUUACUUGAAGUUGAACUUGCUAAGUUAAAGGUUCUUGCCAAUGACAUUCAAGCUCAUCAAAGUUCCGUUGAUACUCUUAUUGAUGCCGGACGGCGUCUAAUUGAAUCAGAAAAGGGUUCUGUGGAAGCUUCCGCGACCCAAGAGAAACUACGUAAACUUAACGAUGAAUGGCGUUCUUUGAUUCAAAAAUCUUCCGACCGCCAACACGAAUUGGAAGAAGCGUUACGUGAAGCCCAAGGCUUCAUUGCUGAGGUUCAAGACAUCUUAGGAUGGUUGGGCGAUGUAGAUGGUGUUAUUGGAACAAGCAAACCAGUUGGUGGCCUCCCAGAAACAGCUACCGAACAACUUGAGAGGUUUAUGGAAAUCUACAAUGAGUUGGAAGAAAAUCGUGCCAAGGUGGAAACAAUUCAAGCUCAAGGCCAAGACUAUAUCAAGCGUCAAAAUCAAAUGAAGGUACCUUCGAGCAAUUUGCAACAUACCCUACGCACACUCAAACAACGCUGGGAUGCAGUUAUCUCGCGUGCUUCAGACAAGAAGAUCAAACUCGAAAUCGCUCUCAAGGAAGCAACUGAAUUCCAUGACACACUGCAGGCAUUUGUCGAAUGGCUAACUCAAGCUGAAAAACAACUAAGCAGUUCAUCGGCUGUGUCGAGAGUUCUGGAAACAAUUCAGGUUCAAAUCGAAGAGCACAAAGUACUUCAGAAGGAUGUCAGUACUCAUCGUGAAGCUAUGCUUCUGUUAGACAAAAAGGGAACUCAUCUCAAGUACUUUAGUCAAAAACAAGACGUCAUUCUAAUCAAGAAUCUCCUAGUUUCUGUCCAACAUCGGUGGGAGCGCGUUGUAAGCAAAGCAGCUGAACGCACUCGCGCCCUUGAUCACGGCUAUAAGGAGGCUCGUGAAUUCAAUGACGCCUGGUCUGGCAUGCUUCAAUGGCUGCAGGAAGUCGAAGAAAUACUCGAUCGUUUGACUGAAGAAGCAGCCUCAUCGAAGGAUCCACAAAAGAUCAAAAAACACAUCCUCAAGUUGAAGGAAACACACCGUCAAUUGAAUGGAAAACAACAACAGUAUGAUGGAACAAUGCGUGCUGGAAAGAAUCUCAUGGAUAGAGCACCGAAAUCAGACGAACCCGUCUUGAAUAAGAUGCUUAGUGAACUUAAGGAGACCUGGACUCGGGUAUGGUCGAAGAGUGUGGAUCGUCAAAGGAAACUCGAAGAAGCCCUCUUGCUAUCCGGACAGUUCUCUGAUGCCUUACAAGAACUAUUAGACUGGUUGAAGAAAACAAAAUCUCGCCUAUCCGACAACGGACCAGUUCAUGGAGACUUUGAGACUGUUAGUGGACUAUGUGAUCACCACAAGCACCUUGAACAAGAUUUGCUCAAGAGACAAGCUCAAAUGCAGGGUGUUAUGAAGUCUGGACGUGAUUUGGAGAAAUCACCAAGCAAUGCAGAUAUAGCCAAAUCACUUGAUGAAUUGCAAUCUCUUUGGGACGAUGUUAAGGAUGCAACAUCGAAACGCGGUGAUCGAUUGAGACAAGCAUUGAAAGACGCCGAACGCCUCAACAACGGUGUACAAGCUCUCUUCGACUGGCUGGAUCAUGCUGAGAACAAACUUCGCUAUGCUAAGAAUCCACCCGAUGACGAAAAGAUUGCCCGCGAUCUCCUCGAAAUUCACACAGACUUCAUGAAGGACCUGCGUAAACGUGUUGUGCAAAAGGAAGAGACAUUCCAACUUGCCCAAGAGAUUAUCGACAAAGCCUAUCCAGAUGCCAUUCCGAUCAUCAAGAAUUGGCUUCAAAUCAUUCAAACUCGUUGGGAUGAAAUCUCCCAAUGGGCCGUUAAUCGCGAAGCAAAACUUGAACAACAUUUGCAAUCGCUUAAGGAUCUGGAUGAAAAUAUCGAAGAUCUCUUGGCAUGGUUGAAUGGACUUGAAUCGACGUUGUUGAAUCUUGAACGCGAGCCAUUGCCAGAAGAAAUUCCUCCAUUAGAGAAACUUAUCGAGGACCACAAAGAGUUCAUGGAAAACACAGCACGUCGCCAAGUCGAGGUUGACCGGGCUUGCAAACCUAAACAACUGCCACCUGGCAGCCGAGAUGUACGCAAAAUGUCUCGCAAUGCAAAGACUCCAGUUCGAGGAUCAACACACGAUCUACGCGAACAAUCUCCAGAUGCCGGCGCAAUGAGACGGCAAAGCUUCAAGGGCUCCCGUGAUCAAGGCCUUAACAUGCGCAAGCAGAGUCGUGUGACACCAAGUCGUGAGACACCCGAUAGAGAUCGCUUGCCUCACUAUGGUCCAAGAUUUUCACCAAGUCAUGUACCUGAAGCAGAGUUCCGUUCACCAAGAGCAAAACUUCUAUGGGAUAAGUGGCGUCAUGUGUGGUUAUUGGCGUGGGAACGACAACGCCGUCUACACGAACAUCUCGUUUAUCUGCAAGAUGUUGAACGAGUUCGCCGCUUCAGCUGGGAUGACUGGAGGAAGAGGUUCCUUAAGUACAUGAAUCACAAGAAAUCAAGAUUGACAGAUCUCUUCAGAAAAAUGGAUAAGGACAAUAAUGGUUUAAUACCACGUGAGGUGUUCAUUGACGGAAUCCUUAGCACUAAAUUUGAUACAUCUCGAAUGGAAAUGGGCGCAGUAGCUGACUUAUUCGAUCGCAACGGAGAAGGACUCAUCGAUUGGCAGGAAUUCAUUGCGGCACUUCGACCAGAUUGGCAAGAGCGUAAACCAGCUAACGACUCUGAUAAGAUUCAUGAUGAAGUUAAACGUUUGGUUAUGCUUUGCACGUGUCGACAAAAAUUCCGUGUUUUCCAAGUCGGCGAAGGCAAGUACAGGUUUGGCGAUUCGCAGAAACUACGACUCGUCCGCAUCCUUCGCAGUACUGUGAUGGUGCGCGUUGGAGGCGGUUGGGUUGCAUUGGAUGAGUUCUUACAAAAGAACGAUCCUUGUCGAGCCGACGAACACUUGGCCGAACUUAUGCCAAUCUUUGAACGACUACGUGCCCAAGAACAAAUACCGUGUGCAUAUCCUUUGCAUAUGGGAGCAGGUGGCACAGUUUUCGUGCGCAGUAACAAUAGUCGUUCUGUGCCCUUAAGUCCACAUGCACCACAUUGUCAUCCCUCCACGCAUUGGGUGCGAGAACGAACAAAUCGCUCGAUACCAAUGUCGCGACCAUCACGAUCAUCACUGUCAGCUUCGACCCCAGAUUCACUUAGUGACAACGAAGGCGGUCUGACAGGGCCAUCUGGCAGGUAUACCCCAUCCAGAAAAGUGUCUUAUGCACCUCGAACGGGUAUGACACCAGGAGGAUCAAGAGCCGGAUCUAAGCCUAAUUCAAGACCUGCAAGUCGACAGGGUUCUAAGCCACCAUCAAGGCAUGGAUCAACUCUAUCAUUGGAUAGCACAGACGAAACAACCCCAUCACGCAUUCCACAACGCAGACAACCUGUAGCAGCAUCUACACCUACUUCAACCGCACAACGCCCAUCAAGACUUUCAGUAACACCAGCAACAUCGAGAACGAAUGGUGUUUCCACUCUCACUCGAAAAACAGCAUCUGGAUCAGCAAGUCCCGCUCCCACAAGCAAUGGUGGAAUGAGUAGAUCCUCUAGCAUACCAACAUUAACCGGCUUUGGCUUCCGAUAUAGCCGCCCCUCAAGGAUUCCAAUAAGGCAGGUAUCGACAGACAAGUCAUUUCCCUCGCCAUCCAGUAAUUCUAGUUCGACAACAAACAGUUAUAAUUUAAGCAGUUUGGGGAAAAAUCUCAGUGGUAGUUCAACACCAUCGGGAAUGCAAACACCACGAAAAGGAUCAACAGAUCCCACAUCUGCAAGUGCAAGAGCUGCUGAAGCACGUAAAUCACGUGGUACAACUCCAAUAAAUCAGCGAGAACCAUUUAGACUUUGAAUGCAAUAAAAAUUAAAAAAAUAUAUAUAUACAUAUAUUCAAAAACUACUUAAAAAACAGAAACAAAAACAAAAAAAAGCUCAAAUAACUACAAGCAAGUGAGAUUGCAUAUUUAAGUUUUCAAAAUUAAAAAUUCACCGUUCGCCGCCGACUUAAUUUAUAUUCUCAGUAUCUUAUUCAAAUUGGUUUUGAUUUGAAUUUAAGUACCGCUACAUUAAUUAAUUUGUUUACAAUUCACAUUCAAAAAAAUACAUACAUCUGGGAAAUUCCAAGCUUGCGCUAAUAUAUCUUAAUAAUUUACUAACGAAACUACAUAAGAUUGAAAAAACAAAAACAAAAACAAAACUAAGAAAAGACAAAGUAAAAACAUUCAUGAAUUUAAAAACAAAACAAACAAAAAAAUAUGCCUCUGUUGUAUAUAAUAAUUAGAUAAUUCCAUUGCAUAAAAAUAAUAAUACUUUAAAAAUUAUUAAGGUAAAACAUUGUAAUCGUUUUUUAUACAUUUUCUUACAUAUAAUUAUUGUAUAUGUAAUAUUUAAAGUAAUUAAAAAGAAGAGAGAAGAGAGUCACAGGUAUUUCCCUUGCAUGAAUAAAAUCGCCAGUUUGUUUGUGCGAUGGAAAUAAAUGUGUCGUCUGCCGAAAUACAUAUUCGAAAAACAACAGCAAAAAUGAAUAACAAAUUUACUAAUCAAGAUAAGAAUACAAGUUACUUUUUUUUAUUAUAUUAUUAUUUAAAUAAUUUUAAUUUAAGCCCUACUAAAAGUCAUAAUUUUAAGUUAUUAUUAUAAUUAGAGUUCAAUUUUUAUUUUUGUUUAUUAUUUCUUUUUUAAUUAAUUAUUCAUUUAUAAUGAUAAAAAAUAUUAUUACCAGUACUAAAUUAUUAUGUUAUGUAUAACGUUGUAAUUAACUUCCCUAACCAGUUGUUAUACCCCCUACCUAUUUGUUUGAAGAAAAAAAUAAAAAAAAAAACAUACUGAAACAAUAAAUUUAUGCAAAAUAAAAAAAAAGUUAUAACAUUUUGCUUAAUAAAAAAAUUAAAUAAAAGAA